AUGAAAACUGUUCACCAUUUUACCCUGCUACUAGUUGCUCUCGCAGCUCCGUCCCAAGUCUUCGCCGCGCACCGUCCCUCCAACUUGGGUUCCCCUUACUACAAUCCUCCAAACGGUCAACCAAAUGGUGGCUGGACACCUCAUGGCUGGAGCCCCUCCUCAACAACAACAACUACCUCAACCCCAACCACAUCGACGACCACGACCACAUCAUCCGCCACCGCCAUCGCUGCCGCCACCGCGACCGGCACCUCCUCCGGCGACUCCAGCUGUGACGGCUUCGCUCUCAACUUCUCAGGCGAUCUCAGCUACGAUUAUUGGCUCGGCGGAUCCUUUGGAAACGAAACCGGCAGCCUGAGCGACACGAGCAGUUUCUGCUUCCCGAACGGAAACUCGGGUGGCAGGGUCAACAUCGGCCAAUUUCCCGACCCUGGCGACGGGGCAAUGUUGACCGGCAACAGCCUCGUAGAAUGCGACCCGGUGACCGCCGGCACUCCGGGUUGCGACGUCUCUUACGUCGACGGCUUCUCGGUCGGCAUCACCUGCACCAUGGCCAACGGCGCCAACUUCCUCGGCGCCCCCGGCCCCAUCGGCUGCGCGUCCAACAUCCUCGCCGCCUGCCCCUCCGACCAGCAAGACUCCACCUACAACGUCUGCGGCAACCCGGGCUUCGACUCCGACGCCGCGGUCACGGACCCGUGGACGGACUGUCUGGGCACCCCGACCAGCGGGGCGAUCGUGUGGCCGGACGGAGACGGGUAUUUCUAUCUCGAUCCCGACUUGUUCCCCGUCGAGUGUACGGUUCACGGCGCGGGGACGGUGGGGAAGAGGGCGGUGGAUGGAUUACCCGUUGCCGGGAGAGGUGCGGGGGAUGUCGCCGUUCGAGCGAGGGAUGGCGCGCGUGGGCAUGCGCGUAAGCAUGCUGAGGCUCAUGUUGAACGGUCGAGGAGAUCGGGUGGGCAUGCGAGGGGGUUGAUGGAUGUGACUGGUGAAACGAAGCUUUGA